AUAUACCCAGGGCCAUGGGGAGAUAACUGCGUAAGCACCUCUAGUGAUAACUGCAUCAAUCCCGCCUAUAGCGUUACGACUGGUACCUGUGAGGGAGGAUAUCUCCCGGGUUACACAGCGUGUCUGCCAUUUAUUAGACGAACCAGGUGUACCUAUUCUGGUUCACCUUCAUGUUUACUUUAUAUAUAAUAUUAAUCCAGCUAAUGUUCUUUGCUUAAUGUCUUACAUUCCCAGCUUGCCCCAAUGGUACAUUCGGUGACCAGUGUCUGGAGAAGUGUGGACAAUGUAAGGAUGGGAGCCACACGUGUGAUCACGUGAACGGAACAUGUGCCAGCUGUGCAGACGGAUGGCUGGGAGACCUCUGUAAAGAAGGUGAGAUGCCAGUCGUCGGUAUCGCUGGUGGAGUCUCAGGAGGCGUUGUUCUGUUGCUGGUCGUGGUUGUUGUUUUCCUCAUCAUACGCAGACGGCGGCGUGGGUUGCCACAGAAAGACCCGGAUGCAGAGCUUCAGCCGAGUCACUUAGUGGGGAGACCUCAAGACGAUGACCCAGUACCACAAGAAAACAUAGAAUCCGAUGAAGAUGAUGAGGACGACGAAGACGUUGCUGCUGAUGUAGCAUCAGCAGGCUUUGUGAACCCUGGCGCAGUUCAGGAGAGCACUUGUGUUCCCGUGGAGGAAUUCCGACGGUACAUGCUCAGGAAAAAGGCUUCAGUGGGAUUCAAGGCUGAGUUUGAGACAUUUCCCGUUGGACUACACGCUAAGCAUGACGCGGCUAACAAACCUGAGAACAAGAACAAAAGCCGUUAUCGGAAUCUCGUGGCUUACGACCAUUCACGGGUCCACCUUAAGCAGCUUGGUGAUGAGGAUACCGAUUACAUCAACGCUUGCUACAUCGAUGGUUUCAACGAACCCAAAAAGUACAUCGCGUCUCAAGGUCCGACUGAUGUGAUCAUCAAUGAGUUCAUGCGCAUGAUCUGGGAACAAAACACCGGCAAAGUUGUCAUGGUGACCAAUUUGGUGGAGAAGACAAAGACAAAGUGCUUCCAGUACUGGCCAGACCGACAACCCAAGGAGUUUGGUUUCAUCAGCGUCUCUCUGCUGGACGAAGAGAACUUCUCCAACUACGCCAUCAGAACUCUGCAACUGAAGCAUUUGAAGAUGCAGAACAAGAUCCAGAUCGUCAAACAAUUCCACUUCACGGCUUGGCCAGAUCAUGGUGCGCCCUCUAACGCCAGUAGCUUAUUGGACUUUCUGGGAAAAGUCCUGUGGCAUAAAUCACCACUGAAUGGGCCUAUAGUGGUGCACUGCAGCGCUGGAAUAGGCCGUACAGGAACGUUCAUAGCUCUGGACUACCUGAUAAACCAGGCCAAAGAGGAAGGUGUGGUGGAUGUACCGGCCUGCGUCAGGCUGCUCAGGGAACAGCGAGUCAACAUGGUCCAGAGUUUGGAUCAGUAUGAAUUUCUGCACGAGGCCCUGGCAGAAGCCUUAGAGCUCCAGGAAGGAUCAAUCCCAGGUGUGAAUUUCUCCAACGUGUUUGCUGAUCUCUGUACUGUUAACCCAGAGACUGGACAACUAAAGAUAGCAGAACAGUUCAAGCGGCUGAAUGAGAAAACCACUCCUCUGGACAAGGCUACUCUGGUGACAGCUUUACAUCCUGACAACCUGCACAAGAAUAGGUCCGACAAAAUUGUCGCUGCGGACAACUGCAGGCCUUACUUAUCCACUCCAGUUGACGGCAAAAACAACUACAUAAACGCCGUCUUCCUUCCCAGCUAUAUGCUGAAGAGAGGUUUCAUCAUCACACAUACGCCGUUACUGGAGACUGUGGUGGAUUUCUGGCGUCUGAUUUAUGAUCACGGCAUCGCCACCAUCGUUAUGCUGGACGAUGUGGACAAUGAAUCUGAGAACGUUGGUAUAUACUGGACGGAGAAAAGGAAAAGUUUUGGUCCUUUUGAUGUAAAAUGUACGCAGAAGGAAGAGGAAAGUGGCUUCACAGUAUGGACGUACAACCUGACCUAUAAGGACACGAAAGUGUCGUGUCCAAUCAAGCAGUUCCGCUCUGGGCUCUGGUCGAGCGCGCCUUCUUGUGAUUCAAUUCCUUCCCUGCUGGCCGUCAUAGAUAGCGUGACAAGCUGGCAAAAGGUGGCCGGAAACCAGCCUAUCUUGGUUCACUGCAGGGACGGACUAACAAACAGUGGACUAUUCUGCGCGGCCUCAUUUGUACUGGAGCGACUGAAACUUGACCGAGACGUUAACAUUCCUCAAGCCGUCAAACAAAUGCGGGUGGCCAGGCCUCAGAUGAUCACUGAUUUGGAUCAGUUCCAGUUCCUCCACCAGGUGGCGCUGGCAUACCUGGAAACUUUCCACACCUAUGCCAACUUCAAAUAAUUUUAUGGAAGUUUGCAGUGUCAUCUCCAUCAUAAGAGCAACAGAAAGUUAGUGCUUUCAUAAUUUAUUGGAUAUUCCUUUUUUUGCAUCAAUUUUAUUAUUCCGCUUGUGCCUUGUGUUUUACAUGAUGAAGUUAUUACUUAGAUAAGGAAUUUGGUUACAUCAACAAGAGCAUAAUCACAAUAGAUAAUUCUAUAAACAUUGAUGUCGUCUUGCAUGGUGGAUCAUGGUGAACAUGAAUAGCCCACGUUGAAAAAUAGGCUGUCAAACACCUGACCGACCGGCAGAU